AUGUUUCAACAGCAAAAGAAAAAAAUUACCCAACAACUAUCAUCUGAAGUCACAUGUAAGCUGGCAAAAAAUCCGGCUACCAUUUUUUGGGGCGACACUGCCGUUGACCACCAAGCGUCUCAACAACUACCUCCAACUAGCCAAGCGUCCCAACAAUCUAAAGAUUUCGUCACACGCGUUUUAAGUCCAAGGGUAGCUGUGGUGUCUUCUCCAGAUGCAGAUCAAGUGUGUCAAGCGAGUAAUUUCCCUGAUUUUCUCACAUUGAUAAAACCUUUCGGUGAACGCAUUGAAGGAAAAGUAUUUACCAAAGAUUCCCAGGGUGCUUCGAAUCCUAUAGAAAACUUUACAAUUCGAUUUGUUAAUUUAACAAGACUAGAACAGCCUGACGUUCAACUCACUUCUCAAAUUCUGGCGAAUAGAGUCAAGUAUAUCAAUAAUUCCCUCUUGACGGAUGAAUUAACUCCCAUAAAAACGAAAUCUGAUGUAACUGAGAGGUAUUUGGAAGUAAAUCAAGAUGAAUUAACCCCAUGGUACGCAGAGUAUAGACGAUGGUUCUUCGGAUUUACUGGCGUUUCCGAACACGAAACCUUUGAACAUCCUGUAGCUUGUAUUCUCGCCAUAAGCUCGUCAAAUGCGAAUCCAAUUGAUACGCUUCGUCAGAUGUGUAAUAUCACUACUCUUGCCCCUAUAUUUGAAAAAGGAUUUAUGGACCCCAAUGUUUUGAAAUGUUACGUUCUUUUACAUGAUAAUCACAAAGUUAGCGUGGAACACUCUGAAGCGAUCUACGAAGAGAUGAAACGCACAUUUAAACAAGACUGCUACAUUUUAAAGUUAAAUUCUAUUCCUCUUACAUUACUUUCGGAAGAUCAAGAUCCUUUCUCUAUCCCUACUUCUCCAUCAACAACAAUUCGUGAUGCAACUAAAGAUAUCUGGUCUCCUUAUGUUUUGGAAUCCAACGUUCUCGAUGCAUUGUUUGCGGCUACACCACCGACUUUGUCUACUUUCUCGGAGUCUCAUUCACGCCAAAGUUCUUUAACUUCGCUCUCAAACUAUUCGCAUCCACUUUCUCCCACUAUUUCAGCUCUAAAUUCUCCAACGUCAUCAUUCAUUGAAGAUUCUACAUUUAACAAAGAGAACAUGAAUUCAGAGUUGCAAAGUGCACUUAAUCCGGGUUUAAUUGGCAAUUUGUCACUUCCUGAUGCCUUGUAUGGGCAAUACCUUAAUGAAGAUGAUAUCUCUGGUAUUCAUGUUUUUAUACGGGAUUUGGUGGACAAAAGUAUUAUACCAUACAUGGAGAAAAAUAUUUGGCAAUGGAAUGAACAGGUCGCAUCAUCAAGACGUGGAAUUACUGGUCGUCUUUUCAGUGCGGGUAGACGUUAUUUUAAUACUGGUACAAGAGCCACUGGAUCGGCUCAACAGUCUUCUCAAUAUUCUUAUAUUGGAAAUUCUUCAACUGCUGCGAAUACUACAUAUUUGCACAAUACUCCAGAAGCACAAAUGCGUAAACUAGCUGAUUAUGCCUUUAUGCUCAGAGACUACCGUCUUGCUCAUUCGGUUUAUGAUACUGUCAAAAAGGAUUUUUUAGCUGAUAAGGCAUGGAAAUAUUAUGCUGGUGCACAAGAAAUGGCCGGAGUCUGUUUGCUAAUUGCUGGAAAUAAAUUAGAAGUCGAUCACUAUUUUGAGCAGGCGGUUAAUGCUUAUCUUAACCGUUCUAAAGUCCCGUUUUACGCAACUAGGGCGACACUAUUGUAUUACGAAUUGUUAAAACACAAAAAAUUGUACAAAGAUGCCCCAACUGCACUUGUACGGAUGACUGGUGAUGAUUCUGACUUGAGAAGUGCGUUAUUCUUAGAGCAGGCAGCCUAUGCUUUUUUGAGAUGUUCUAAACCUAUGGUCAGAAAAUAUUCUUUUCAUUUGAUGCUAGCGGGCCAUCGAUAUGGAAAAUGUGGCCAGAGGGAACAUGCGUAUAGAUGUUAUCUUGAUGCUAUGCAUGUUUUUGAGAACCACUCAUGGACUUUAAUUGAAGAUCACGUUUAUUUUGCACUUGGUAGACAGUCUGUGCAUUUAGGUGACCUUUCAGCUGCUCUAGAGUUUUUUAUAAAAUUAUUGAGGGCAAGUCGCCAGCCACCAACACAGCAAAAUACUUAUUUGAGAGAAUUUAUGUAUAUUUAUAAGCAAUAUGAAAGUAAAACCGGAAAAUACCCUUAUUUUGAUCAAGAAUUUCCAAUUCCAGUGAUCGAUGAUUCAUCUGUCAAAGUUAUUCUUUCUAAUUCGCAGUCUAGCGAAUAUGAUGAGAUUUGGGAUGUAAUGGAGCGAGAAUUUUUGGAAGAAGGGUUUACAGGAUUAGAUACAUAUGGAAACCCACGGAAAAAGCCAAAUACUUUAAAUAGCGAUAUUCACAGGACCGUAUGUGCUGUUGGAGAGCCAUUUUUUGUUCAGCUGACUCUUCAAAAUCCAAUGCAAAUUGCUUUUAAUAUAAAUGAUUUGAUUCUUGAAUGUGAAUAUAUUCCACUACCGGUUUCCAGUGAGAACCCUGCAGAGUUAGACAAGGACAUAGAUAAUGAAACAACUAUACCAUACCAUGAUAUUAUCGACAAUAGAGAACCUCAAUUGAUGAAGUUUGAAGAUUUUGACUUGGAAAAGCUUAAAGAAGUGUCUCUUGAAGUGUUAGAAAAUAAAACGAUUUCUUUGUGUGUAUUACCGAAAAAACAAGGUUCAAUCAAAAUUUUGGGUCUUAAAUAUACUCUUAACUCAAUUGUUCACGGAGUAAAGAAAUUUUCAAAGCGUGGCAAACGCCUCAAUGAUACCACUGAGCAACGCAUGGGUAUUGUUUAUGCUCCUGAUCGAUCACUAGAUCUUUUGGUUACAUCACCAAUGCCAUUACUUGAGGCAACAUUCCAUAAUUUUCCCGACGUUCUUCUUUCUGGAGAAGUAAAACAAAUUCUUUUGGAAAUCAAUAAUAAAGGGCAGAAGGGACUUACGGAUUUACGUGUGAAAAUAAGCCAUCCCAGUUUUUUUUGCAUUGGUGAUGCGGAGAUGCUAGAACAAAAAAUAUAUUACUCUUCCACUAGAAAUUCGAAAUUGAAUACUGAAACAUGGACAACAAACAACUCUAUAUUCAAAUCAAGCAUAAAGACCAUACCGUUACCAUCGCAAGAGGUUAGCAAUAUUUGUUCUCUUGCUCCUGGUAAAACAACCUUAAUUCCAAUUUGGAUUAGAGGAGAUCGUAUAGGAAAACAUUCGUUUAGGUUUUUGUUUACUUAUGAAUCUGAGAAUAACAAUUCAGCUAUGAGAUAUAGGAGUCUACGUUAUCUUAAAGCAACACAAGUACAUCCUUCUCUCAAGAUAAAUGCAUUCACUCGACCAAGUAUCCGAGGACUAAAUGAAUUCAUUUUGGGGAUUGAGAUUGAAAAUUUACAAACUACUAGUGAAUAUCAAUUUCAAUUGUCCCAACUGUCUUCAAUCAGUCCAUCGUGGACAAUAUCUCUUGUAAAUGAAAACUUUGAGAACGCUAGUCAGAAAUUUUUAAUAGCACCACGCCAGACAGUGUUUACCUACUAUCGAAUUAAAAAAGAUGAAAAGAAAUCUAAACCAAUAUCUCAUGACAAUGUUGAUUCACAGAGUCCAAUGGUUACUCCGGAAAUGUAUUCAUCUAAGGCUUUGGAACUAUUGUUAAACGGACAAAAAGACCUGAAGUCGGAACCAUCACCUAUUGAUCUUAUUGUAACGAAUGUUCCUUUUACAGACAGUACCAUAACAAAUUCUACAAAUCCACUUGAAGGAUUUUCAUUGAAUUCACGCGUUCAAUGGCGAACCAAUACUUUAAUGAAUAAUUUCCCUGUUAUUCCAGCGUCCAAACACCGCACACUUUUCCCAUUAUACAAUACAAACGAUGUAGACCUUUCACUUUAUUGGAACAUACCAACUUUGUCCCGUCAAGGACAUCAUUAUAUUAUCGGGAUUAAUCUUGGAGUUCAACAAAAUCCAUUUCGAUCACAGAAUAUAGCAGUAAUUCAAGGCAGAGCAUUGUUUGAACAGACAGUUCGGGAGCGGAAUGCAUUAGUUAAUAGCUUACUGAAAAACAAAAAUUUCAAAGAUGAAAAUCCAUUGAAGCUCAUUAUACAAUGUGCCGACGUGUAUGAGCAUGAUUUUCGGAAUCGAAGUUUUUGUAUAGUUCCUAUCAAAAUAUCAGUCAAAAAUUGUUCAUGGAAUAGGAGGAUCGGAUAUACAUUGGAGAUGUUGUCAUCUGAUCGGAAUGAACCCAGUAGGAGUACACUACACAAGUCCAUAUAUCCAACAGUAUUUCAAUGGACUGGACCUACUUCUAAGUGUUCCAUAUUGUCAUUGAACGAAGAACAGACAUAUAUUUUCAAAGCAUGCUUUGUUAGACCUGGUGUUUAUGAUGUAAAUAGAUGGCGAUUGACGAUAAAUUUUGAUCAAACUGUAAGUGAUGAUGAAAGUAAAGGUGAAAGUCCACGAGAGAAUUAUGCAACGAACGUUUAUGAUGGCAAUGUCGGAAUGAAAGGUUAUGUACAAAUGCCUAAUACUCUACGUCUUUUGACAUUGUUGGAUAGUUCAAUUGACAAAAAGAGUGAAGAUAGUUUAUAG